GUGGUCCAGCUCCGGUCCAGGAGGUGGCGGAAACACACCGGAAGCUGUUUUCAUACCGCCAAAAAGAAGAAGUCAACCGAGCAUGCGCAGUACAAACCUACGUUUGCACGAUCCUAACGCUGUGGAGCAGAUCAUCAGGUAGCAUCCACACUGAGUACCAGUGUCAAACAGGUGUCUGUGUGACUGAGCUCUUCACGCUGCAAAGAUGGAUUUCCAGCAUCGCGCUGGAGGCAAGACGGGGAGCGGCGGGGUGGCGUCUGCCUCCGAGAGUAACCGUGAUCGACGAGAACGGUUACGUCAGCUGGCUCUGGAGACCAUUGACAUCAACAAAGACCCCUACUUUAUGAAGAAUCAUUUAGGAUCGUACGAGUGCAAACUUUGCUUGACGCUUCAUAACAAUGAGGGCAGCUACUUGGCUCACACACAAGGAAAGAAACAUCAGACCAACCUAGCGCGGAGAGCAGCCAAGGAGGCCAAAGAAGCUCCAGCUCAGCCAGCUCCAGCAAAAGUUAAAGUUGAGGUCAAGAAGUUUGUCAAAAUUGGGCGACCAGGAUACAAAGUAACCAAACAGAGGGACCCAGAGACCGGACAGCAGUCUCUACUUUUCCAGAUUGAUUACCCAGAGAUCGCUGAAGGAAUUGGACCCAGGCAUCGUUUCAUGUCUGCUUAUGAACAGCGCAUUGAACCCCCUGAUCGUCGUUGGCAGUACCUGCUUUUGGCCGCAGAACCAUAUGAGACUAUUGCCUUUAAGGUGCCCAGUAGAGAGAUUGACAAAGCCGAAAACCGAUUCUGGACCCACUGGAACAGAGAAACAAAACAGUUCUUCCUACAGUUCCACUUCAAAAUGGAGAAAGCUAUUCCCCAGUCCAGCGGUCCACCACCUCCUGCAGGAGUGAAGCGCCCCCCUCCCCUCAUGAGCGGCGUUGGACCUCGCCCACCAAAUGAGUCUAUGCCUCCUCCCCCGCCAGGAGGGAUGCCCGUUCCCCCUCUGCCACCUGGUGCUCCAGGCGCCCCCCAUAUGCCCCCUCAGAUGCCCAUGCCCCCCAUGCCAAUGAGGCCGCCUCCCCCUGAUGGCCUCUCAAUGUCUAAUAAUUGAUCCCCUACCAGCGUUUCAUGAUUGCUUUGUUUCAUGGUGUGCAGUCACACUGCCCUGCGUGUCUACAGUGUCCAUUUAGACACUGCAGGCACAUCCACUUUUCUUAUUUCUACAAAUGAAGUCCACAUUCAGUAGAUUUUUAUACAAUUGUUUGGUUUAUGUAAACGUGUAGGGCAGCCCACAUGACCACACUGUUCCGUGUAAAUGCUUAAAUUCUGGAUAUGGAUUUUAAGAAGCUGUUUUUGUAAUUAAAUUCUGUGGAGAAAAACA